GUUCGUUUGGAUUCCCAGAAGCCAUCGAUGGUUAACGAAGAAAGGUGUACACAAAUCAAAGCAAGCGUGGGAAGCGAUUUUCAAGGCCUUUUUUGUUGUGCGUUGUUGUGCUCUGAUAACAAGCCGGCAUUUCGAUACGCAAUAUGCUAAGUUCCGGAACGUGAUGAUGGAAGACCCGACUAGUAGCACGCAGAGCGACGAUUCGGCUGAAACGAACCGCGAAGAUAGCGAUUCCACACACUGCUGUGCGUGUCGUCAGGAUAUGCAAACGGUCGACGCGCUGCGAGAACAUUUGCUGAAGAUUCAUUUACCGGAAAGCCGUGAUAACCCGGCCAAACCUUACCAGUGCGACCGAUGUUUCCGGCGUUAUUUCAACAAGUACACCCUGAAGCGGCACAAGCAGCUCGCCGUCAUACUGCUGACGCCACGGCCUGCCGAGGAACCGCUGUCCAGUGAGGACUUUUUUCGGUGUUGUGGUUGCAGGCAGGAUUUCUCAUCGGCCGAGGAUCUCGAACGGCAUUCGAAGGAUACACAUCUUAAGAACCACCAGCAGCCAGCGGAUGAACUGCAGCGACCGUUCCAGUGUGAGGUGUGUUUUAAGCGCUUUGUCUCGCAGCCCUCGCUAAGGCGCCAUCGGAAGGAUCGUUUCUCCAAUCGUCGCACCUACCAGGAUCGCAAAGUAUCGGCUACACGGUGCUGUGGCUGCGGUGAACAGUUCGACAGCUUGCAGCAGCUUCAAACGCACUCGCAAUCCGUACAUGAACCGGAUCGAAUGGUGCUUGGUAACGGCGAGGUGUCGGUGAGGUGCACCAUCGAGUGCAACAUCUGCUACAACCGAUUCUCAAGCCAUGCCGUCUACCGGCGGCACAGGUUGCUACUUGACGCGGAGCAAUUGCGCCAUUGCCCGGAGUGUGCUAAACCAUUCCGCCAACUGCGGCUCUUAAGGGCCCAUGUUCGUAGAUUUCAUCCCGCCCUCCGAAGCCAGCAAUCAUCAGAAGUGUCGAAUGGCCACCAGUUGCCGCCAAGUGAGGGCAACUAUCUCUGCACCGUUUGCGGAAAAUCCUUUCUCACGAAGAGUACGCUCGAUAACCACGAGAAGGUACACGAUCCACACCACGAAGAGUUCCGAUGCGCGGUUUGCAAGAAGCAGUUCUCGAGCAAAGGCAACCUGCACAACCAUACGGUGCGGUUCCAUUCCGGUACGACAGCCGAUAACCGACGACAACAACCGUGUGUAUGUGCCGUCUGUGGAAAGUCCUUUAAAACGCCCAACUAUCUGGAGACCCAUGCUCGUCGACAUACCGGUGAAAAGCCUUUCCAGUGCAAGGACUGCGGUAAACGGUUUGCGCAUUCGUCUGCUCACCAGAGACACCGCCAGGUACAUGAUACGGCACGGCCUACAUUUGGCUGUGAACGAUGCGGCAAAACAUUUACCUCUCAGUCCGGUCUGAUGAUUCACGAGAAAAGUCAUUCCACCGAUGCGGCCACCGUGUGCGUGGUUUGUGAUGUUUGCGGUAAAACGUUCCUGGAUGUGCGGUACAUGAGAAAGCACCGUAAGCUGCAACAUGGAGAAAGGGAAAAGGGCAAGGAUAAUUCUCGGAUCCAAACAACCAACCAACAAACAGUUGUUCCUCCGACAAACUCGAUUCCGGUAUCCAGCAUCCAAGAGUGCUGAGAAGGAUUAUUUAAAUCGAAUCGGCGGACUCGAGAUUUCUCACCUUAGCUCGAGUUUACACUCACGGUUGGUCUCACUAGACGCGCUCAUCUCAUGCCCCCCUUUUCUCAUCAGCGUGCUGGUGGUAUUGGUAGCUGCAGGCGAAUCGUGGUGGAGAACUUGUUCAAGAGCACCGUUGAUGUCUUUUCCCGCUGCUCUUCUGGUAUUAUCUUCACCCGGGGAAGACGACGACGACGACGACGACGACACUUAUCAUACGCGAUUGGCGGUGGUUGCUGUUGUAAUGGGAGCAGCAGGCACCUGGCAGCUUGGCAAGAAGAAGAGUAUGAAAGCGGGAAGCUAUGCACUAAUCACAUAACGGUGUCUCUUCACGUCGUGCCGAUAACCGGCAACCUUGAUUCACAUCGUGUCUCGAGAGCGCGUAGCAGUGGACAAGGGGUUAUGAAAUUCCGUUCCGAAGUCUUCCUCCAAACCGGCUCCAGCUCGGCAAUGAGGAUGACACGUGCCAUGACGAUGCAUACGAGAAAAGAUCGCUGCCGAUCGUUGGUGACAUCUUUAUUGCGCGGGAAGCACGUCCCUACCGCAGCCAUGCGCAACUAUCGAUGCAAAUGCUUAAUUGAGUACCGCAAAUUGGUCGCACGAUCGUUCCGCAUGAACCCCACCACAGACCCACAUCAUUGCGCAGCAUCUUCUCACAAUGCAAAUUAGCGCCUGCACGCAACCGCGAUUCCACCACACCUCCGCGCGAGUAGUAGGAGGUCGUGACGGUGCCUUUCGGUGAAUAAUUCGGUAAC